GCACGCUGACUUGGCCGGUGUUCCGCUAACUGGUAUGAACCCCCUGUCUCCGUAUUUAAAUGUGGAUCCACGCUAUCUUGUUCAGGAUACCGAUGAGUUCAUUUUGCCAACUGGAGCUAACAAAACCCGAGGCAGAUUUGAGCUAGCUUUCUUUACCAUUGGAGGAUGUAGCAUGACAGGGGCUGCAUUUGGGGCAGUGAACGGUCUGCGGUUAGGAUUGAAGGAAACCCAGAGCAUGGCCUGGUCCAAACCAAGAAACGUACAGAUUUUGAAUAUGGUGACUAGGCAAGGGGCACUUUGGGAUAAUACUCUAGGCUCCCUGGCUUUGCUCUAUAGUGCAUUUGGUGUUACCACUGAGAAAACACGAGGUGCAGAAGAUGACCUCAACACAGUAGCAGCCCGAACCAUGACGGGAAUGUUGUAUAAAUGUACAGGUGGUCUUCGAGGAAUAGCACGUGGUGGCCUGGCAGGACUGACCCUCACCAGUCUCUAUGCACUGUAUAACAACUGGGAGCACAUGAAAGGUUCCCUGCUCCAACAGUCACUCUGAAGAUUUUGCCACCUCUGGACUGGGGGACAUUUCAUAGUCAUCCAGAUUGCUUACUAAGUCAGUCUGGAGUUGCUUUCUCACUUGUACCGACAAUUGCUUUGAACAAUUGGAGACUCUGAUUUGCUGUGACAAAGAUCAUGGAUGGUUAGCCUGGACUGCACUGCUUGCCCUUAGUGAGUGGAAGCCAAAUCCCUUGGUGGCUCACUGAGUAUGUGUUCUCUUCUCCUUUGGAGAUGAUCUUGCACCUGUUUUCUCUCCUACCCCCAAACUGGAAAACCACUUACUCUCCAAAUUCAGGCCAGACUUAUUUUCAACACUUUUAUCACCAUGUUUAUCAUUUAAAAACCUAAAACUACUGUUGCCCUGUAUUCCAAAUAAAGGGUGAAAAUAGAACCAAAGUCAUAAUCCCAGCAUAA